AUGCACACGCAUUGGUGGCAGAUCCCAGGGUGGGAGGCUGAUGAGCCCUGUGUACCUGCAGUGGCAUCAUGCUGGGCGGGCUGUGUGGAGGUAGACUCAGAAACCGAGGCCGUGACCGGGAAGACCUUCAAGAUCCAAUGCAUUUCGUGCAAGAAGCGCAGUGAGACCACGGCCGAGGCUUACACUGAGUGGUACUUCAAGCAAAAGGGUGCUGACUCUUUCGACAAAAUCCUGCGCUUUGAACCUGACACGGACCUGUUGGUGCUGGAUGACCGUUUUGUGAACCUGGUGGUGUGGAAUGGCAGCAAGAGCACGCGGGACCUGCAGGACCUGUCCAUUUUCCUGCUCAAUGUCACCUAUGACCAUGCCGGCGAGUACCUGUGCCGUGUGGACCGCAACCUCACCUUUGACGGCUACGUCUUCAACACCGUCAUCAACAAGACCAUCCACGUCACCGUGGUAGAUAAGGCCAACCGGGACAUCGCCUCCAUCAUCUCGGAGAUCAUGAUGUACGUGCUUAUCGUGGUGCUGACCAUCUGGCUGGUGGCCGAGAUGGUGUACUGCUACAAGAAGAUCGCGGCCGCCACUGAGGCCGCUGCACAGGAGAAUGCAUCUGAGUACCUGGCCAUCACCUCGGAGAGCAAGGAGAACUGCACUGGCGUGCAGGUGGCCGAGUAGUCGUGGGCACCACCAAGCACGAGGCCCUGGCUGAGCAGGCCUGUGGCCGCAACCAACAGCGGACGAACGCCCCCGCAGCGCUGAGCCGCCCGGAGCCCAGGCCAGGCUGAUGCCGGCCCCCUGCAUGCCUGGGCCCGCUCCUAGCAAAGCAUGCUGCUGUGAAUCGCUGCGCUCUCCCUGGCCGGUGGGCGCCGCGUGGCAGGGCCGGCCCCGCGCCCGUCCCCCGCCCCCGGCUGGGCCCUCGCACGCUCGCUUCGUUUGCACAUUUCCACGCGCUUCGGGUCGCUGUGCCGACCGCACCGCCAGCACUUUUUGGGUCUGAGGAGGGGAGGCCGCCGGCCAGCUGUGGGCCCUGGCCCGUUUCCCCUGUCCUUUCCUGCCCCGCACACACCAGCGCUCUCAGACCGGGGCAACAGGGUGGGUCCAGAGGUGGUCCUUGCAGCUGGGGCUUCCCUCAGCCUUGCUGGGCCUCCCUGAGCUGGGCAGAACAGCCCCAGCCCCUGGCCUGGGCCGCAGAGGGGUGGGGGACAGGCUCCUGGGCCGCAGAGCCCCACGCACCAGCUGCCCCCAUGCCUGGCUUGGCCCCCACCCCGGCCCGGCUCCUCAGGGAACGUGGCCCCGGCCCGGCCCAUCCUCAGACCCACGGGCGGUCGGGCACCCGGCGCUGUACAGUAGGGAUUGUUCAUGCAAUAAAGAGACUGGAUUUCA